GUGCGCCUGCGCUGGUUGGAGGCAGUGCUUCGCAGUGAGCUGCGACAAGACUGCCAGACCCUCAGCUGCAGCGGCUAAGGCUGGUGAGGAUCGCGAAGCGGGUGGACUUUUCCUGAAAGAGGGUGCAGCGGAGACCCUCGCUCCUUCCCUCGGCCACUGCACGUGGAUUCGCGUUUUCUUCCCUUCCAGGCUCUUGCGUUCAAGGUUUCCUGUUUGUUAACUCAAAUACAGCCAGUCAGUGCAAACCAAAAUAAGGUGGCACAGUAGAAGCUAUCUUAAUUGAAGAAAUAUUAUCCAUGACUUUAUUUCCCAUUGGGAGAAGAACCGGGAGACAAAUUUUCCUUGCUUUAAGCAGUUUUAAUGGCAGAAAAAAGACGAGCUUAUAGUGUAGAGGAAGCAAUGGAGCAACUGAAAGGACCGGGUGGACAAAAAUGGUCCAAUAUGGAUCCAGAAGAGCGAAUGUUAGCUGCUGCUACGGCAUUUACACAUAUCUGUGCAGGGCAGGGUGAAGGAGAUUCAAGGAGAGAAGUGCAGGCUGGCCAGUAUGACCCCUACAGUAAAGCCUCAAUAACACCAGGAAAAAGAGCUGCUCUUCCUAUGCACCUGCACUUCCCAUAUACAGGAAGCCGUGUCACUUCAUCAACAGUUUCAGAGACUUCCCAAAAAUGCAGAAAGCCAGUAAUGAAGAGGAAGGUGCUGCGUAGAAGGCCAGAUGGGGAAGUGCUGGUGACAGAUGAGUCUAUUAUCAGUGAGUCUGAGUCUGGUACAGAAAGCGAUUUGGAUCUCUGGGACUUGAGACACAGGCUGAUGAACUUGCAAUUCCAAGAAGGCACAGCAUCCCCAGUUGACACGUCACAAAAACUUAACCUACCAUGUGAAUACCAAGGAAUUUCACAAGAUCAGCUCAUUUGCUAUAUACAAAGGGAAGAAAUGGGCCCUCCUGUUUAUGAACAAGACCUGAUUGUUGCCAGCAGACCCAAGUCCUUUAUUCUCCCCAGACUGGAUCAAUUAAGCCGCAACCGAGGCAAGAUAGACAGAGUAGCCAGAUAUUUUGAGUACAAAAGGGAUUGGGAUUCAAUGCGGUUUCCUGGUGAAGAUAACAGAAAGGAGUUACGCUGGAGUGUCCGAGGGCAAAUGCUUUCCCGACCAGAACCUCAGUCCAAGCCUCAACACAUAUAUGUUCCAAACAGUUAUCUAGUACCAACGGAGAAGAAAAGAUCUGCCCUUCGUUGGGGUGUCCGUUGUGACCUUGCAAAUGGUGUCAUACCCAAGAAGCUUCCCUUCCCUCUUUCUCCUUCUUAAGUCAUUUUUUUAAAAAAUCUGUCUCUCCUAACAAAGGAUUUAGGAUAACCUAGUUCUUUAUCUCUCCUUUAAAAACAACUACCAUGAAAAGCAGGCAGAACACAGAAUAAGGACUUCAGUGUUCUUCCUAGUAUUGUUGGUAUGUCACACAGAUUUCAUACACCACUUGAAUUCUAAAUUGCCAUUCUCAAAUACAGCAAUGGGGGUGGGGAGGUCAAAACUACUGAAAUCCAGUAAGUGCCAUUUUGAAAAGACUUGUAAACUGUGGUGGUUUGUUUGUUUUUUUUUAAUUUCGUAUUAAGCUCAUCUAUUAAAGAAUUUUGAAA